AUGCUGAACACGCGGGGCUAUCGCGAAUGGAACUAUAAGAACGCAGAAGUGGGUUUACCAGUCGAUACACGCAAGACAAUCCGUGGCCAGCACUACGUCAACGUUGAGGUUGAAGUUAUCGACAUGAUGUUCCUCCAUUGCUGUGCAAUCAGAUGGGCGACGAAGUUGAAUGAAUGUCUCAGGGACUACUUUGUUAAGUCCAAAGCGUUCGAAGUCGCCCCACUUACAAGGGCAGACGCCGAAAAGAGGGCUUUCUUCUUCGGCAAUACUUCAUUUAUGCCUCCACCGCCUUGUAGAUACACGGGUCCUCCUUGUCCUCCUCCCCCACCAGCACCCGAACCCAAAAAGGGGUGCAGAAGGAGGAAAAUGAAGCCUCAAACCAUGCGUCUCGUCCCAUCUAUACAGCCAGCGCCCCAUGUGAUCCAUAUAACUCCUCCGCCGCCACCAGACAUGCUCACCGACGUUGAAAGUCUACGACGUGAUGACUACCAACGGCACUUGUUCAUGUCACGUCUGCCCAAACAUGAUGGCGGCGUACCUAAGAUGACUUCGUCGAAAGACAUCCAGGCAAGAUUGAUCAAAAUCCUGGCUGUGAAAUGCGAGAUACGGAAAGCUUUCGAUGGCAAAGUGAACGCUUUAACUGUGGGCUUCGAGUCGUUGGUCUCUAUAUUACCGCACUGUACCAUCAUCACAGUGUUAAGAUUUCUUGGUGUGCCGGAAGUCUUUCUCAGCCUCUUCAAUCGCGCUCCCAAGCCCAAGCUGAGCAUUGAGGCUUCUACUCAUGAAGCGGCUAGAACUAUCACGCCUGAAAACGGGAUUUUCUUUGGCUACUCCAUGGAGAUUUUCUUCAGCGAAGCCGUACUCUUUUCCCUCUGUCUUGCCAUACUCAAGAGAAUAGGAUCGUACAUGUACCGUGUACACGACUGCUGCUAUUUUGUUGGCACGCAAGUACAAACCAACCACGCUGAGGAAGUCAUUUUCCAUUUUUCCAAAGUCAUGGGAUGGAAAAUCCGCAGUUUCUCCUCGGGUGGCAAGCUGUCCGUUGGAUUCUUAAUCAUGGACCUUCAGACAACCUCACCACACGACACAAGCGUCGUAGUCGGAAUUGACGAUUCCAAAGUCGCUCUCUAUGCAGCCAACGCAAAACUGAGGCUCAAGUCGUCUUCAACCGUACUCCAGUGGGUUCGUGAAUGGAAUGAUACUGUCGGUACUUAUGCAGCCCAUCUGUUUGGUCCCCUUGCCAACGUGUUCAAUGAGGAACACAGCGAGAUGAUCAAAGAAACGUACAGGCGUAUUCACUCCCUCGUUCUUGGUGGCAGCGACUUAACCAGAUGCGUUGCAAAAAUGCUCAAACCCUUUGUAUUGUGCGAGCUGGAGCAUGAUCUGCAAGAUAUAGAGCCGAUCAUCUAUCUCCCACAAGCCUACGGCGGUCUUGGUGUGAAGAAUCCCUUCGUAACCAUUGCUUUUGCUUCGAACGCGAAUGAGUCCGCUUCCGUCAAGAUUAGGGAUUAUCUGAACAUCGAGGCUGCUUACUACACUAAGGCAUCCGAGCGAUACUAA